AUGUCCAGACUCAGCUGGGGAUACAGCGAACACAAUGGUCCAAUUCAUUGGAAUGAAUUAUUCCCUAUUGCUGAUGGGGAUCAGCAAUCUCCAAUUGAGAUUAAAACCAAAGAAGUGAAAUAUGACUCUUCUCUCCGACCUCUUAUUAUCAAGUAUGACCCCAGCUCAGCUAAAAUCAUCAGCAAUAGUGGUCAUUCCUUCAAUGUUGACUUUGAUGAUACAGAGGACAAAUCAGUUCUGCGAGGGGGUCCACUCACUGGAAGCUACAGGCUCCGACAGUUUCACCUUCACUGGGGGUGCACUGAUGACCACGGCUCCGAGCAUGUAGUAGAUGGAGUGCGAUACGCUGCAGAGCUCCAUGUUGUUCAUUGGAAUUCAGACAAAUAUCCCAGUUUUGUAGAGGCAGCUCAUGAGCCUGAUGGACUUGCUGUCUUGGGGGUAUUUUUACAGAUCGGUGAACAUAAUUCUCAACUGCAAAAAAUUACUGACAUUCUGGAUUCUAUUAAAGAAAAGGGAAAACAAACUCGAUUUACAAAUUUUGACCCGUUAUCUCUGCUUCCUCCAUCCUGGGACUACUGGACCUAUCCUGGUUCCCUUACAGUUCCACCUCUUCUUGAGAGUGUCACUUGGAUCGUUUUAAAGGAACCUAUAAAUAUCAGCUCUCAACAGCUGGCCAAGUUCCGCAGCCUCCUGUGUACAGCUGAGGGUGAGGCAGCAGUGUUUUUGUUGAGCAAUCACCGUCCACCGCAGCCUCUCAAGGGCCGCAGAGUGAGAGCCUCCUUUCACUAA